CUACUCUUUACCCUGACAUUGCCCAUCUGGUCCGCCUCCAAGGUGAAUGCCUGGAUUUUUGCACACCCCUGUGCAAGGUGGUCUCACUCCUGAAGGAAAUCAACUUCUAUAGUGGUAUUCUACUACUGUCCUGCAUCAGCGUGGACUGUUACCAGGCCAUUGUCCAUGCCACUUGUACACUGACCCAGAAGCAUCACUUGGCCAAGAUUGUUUGUUGGCAGGGUGCAGUGGCUCAUGUCUGUAAUCCCAGAACUUUGGGAGGCUGAGGCAGGCAGAUCACCUGAGGUCAGGAGUUCGAGAGCAGCCUGGCCAACAUGGUGAAAUCCCGUCUGUACUAAAAAUACAAAAAUAUUAGCCGGGUAUGGUGGCACCUGCCUAUAGUCUCAGCUACUUGGAGGCUGAGGCAAAAGAAUCAUUUGAACCCGAGAGGCGGAGGUUGCAGUGAGCCUCACACCUUUGGCUUCGUCGUGCCACUGCUGGUCAUGCUGUUCUGCUGUGGAUUCACCCUGCAUACACUGUUUAAGGCCCACCUGGGGCAGAAGCACUGGGCCGUGCGGGUCAUCUUUGCUGUCAUCCUCAUAUUCCUGCUCUGCUGGCUGCCCUACCACCUGGUCCUGCUCACAGACACCCUCAUGAAGACCCAGGUGAUCAAGGAGAACUGUGAGCGCCGCAGUGACAUUGGCCGGGCCCUGGAUGCCACCGAGAUUCUGGGCAUCCUUCAUAGCUGCCUCAACCCCCUCAUCUACGCCUUCAUUGGCCAAAAUUUUCACCAUGGAUUCCUCAAGAUCCUGGCCAUGCAUGGCCUGGUCAGCAAGGAGUUCUUGGUACAUCAUCGCAUUAACUCCUACACUUCUUCCUCUGUCAGUGUCUCUUCUAACCUCUGAAAACCAUCAAUGAAGGAAUAUCUCUCCUAAUAAGGAAAGAAUAACCAACACCCUGAGGUUGUGUGUGGAAGGUGAUCUGGUUCUGGACAGGCACUCUCUGGGUUUUGGGGGGACGCUAUAGGAUGUGGGGAAGUUAGGAACUAGUGUCUUCAGGGGUCAUGCCAACCUUCUGAAGAGCCGCUGAGGUACCUCCAAGGACCAGCCUUUGCACCUCCAUGGAAAGGAAGCACCAUCAUUCCGGUUGAACGUUGCAUCUUUAUCCCACUAACUGGCUAAUUAAUUCAGUUUUGUUUAAGCUAGUUUGACUUCCGUUUCUAUCAUUUGCCAUCAGAAGAGCCCUGACAUCGUCAGUCCUCACAUGGGACGUUUUUACACAGAUAAACAUCUAAUGAAGCUAAACCACAAAGGCAAGCUUGAUAAGUGGACAGCAAGAAACUGAAAGAGGAGAGGACAGACAAGAGGAGCUUUGAGUAGAUGGUGUGCAAAUGAGCUGUGGUCUUUUCAGCAGGCCUUCAUUCUUGUGAUCAUUAUUUAUUGAGCAUUUAACAGGCUCCAGGCACGAAGGACAUAGAGUGAACAAACCGACAGGCCCUGUCUCCAAGGAGGGAAAACAGACUAGAAAAAUGCUGCAACUCAGGGAAAGCAUUUGGGGAGGGAGAGGUGAGCUCACAUAGUUUGAGGAAGCCAGGCAAGGCCUAACCCAGAAGAUGAUGCUCACCUCAGGGUGAAGCUGAGACUCCCUGGAGGAGCAUUUCCUUUUACUUCUGGACAAAGGGAUCCUCCUCGGCCAGGGGUAUGGUCACAUACCAGCCCUGAAUCUGACAUUAGGUGACAGAACAGGGCUGAAGCUAUGUCCUCAUAAGGGCUGGAUGCUCUUGUUGACCCUCACAGGAGCAUCUCCUCAACUCUGACUGUUAAGUGUUGAGCCACCAAGCUGGUGGCUCUGUGUGCUCUGAUCUGAGCUCAGGGGAUGGUUUUCCUAUCUCAGGUGUGUUGCAGUGUCUGCUGGAGACAUUGAGGCAAGCAUUGCCAAAACAUCAUCCCACCAGGUGGCCUUGUGGGGAGCUGGAAACACAUGUUCCCCUUGGGGGUGGUGGGUGCACAAAGAGGAAGUGGGUUCAGAAGCCAGACUUAUGCCACAGGAAUUCCCUUUACCCCCAUGCCCAACAUUGCAGACACGUGUGCUGGCCACCUGCUAAGCCCCAGGUGGAAGGAGACAAGCAGCCCUUAGCCCUUCCCUCCUGCAGCUUCCAGGCUGGCGUGGAGCAUCAGCAUCCCCAGAAAGCCAUGUGCAGCCACCAGUCCAUUGGGAGGCAGAUGUUCCUAAUAAAGUUUCUGCUCCGUG